CCUCCCCGUGUCGCCACGGGCUGCCAUCGCAGCGCGCAGCCCCUCGCCAGCUGCCGCCGCCGCCGCCGCCCCGCCUGCCUGCCUGCCUGCCUGCCUGCUUGCCUGCCCCGGCACGGCACGGCGAUGUCCCCCUGACCCCGCCGCCACCGCCAACUUUUCCUCGCCGCCCCUUCCCCACUGGAAGAUGGCAGCAGGGGGAAGCACUGGAAGUUGCAGCCCGCGAGCGAAGAGAUAAGGAAGGAGGCGGCGCGGGAAGAUUCACCCCAGUUCAGGCAAAACCUCAAAAUCUGAACAACUUCUGCCACAGUUUGGCUGUACACCAUUAACAAGUUAUCAUUCCAUCAAGAGCAAUGAGCUCCACAACACAACCAGAUGGGGUUUCUGGACGCGAACAGCUCUUGGCUCAGCAAAGAAUGCACAGUAUGAUCAGCUCAGUGGAUGUGAAGUCGGAGGUUCCCGUGGGAUUAGAGCCUAUCUCACCAUUAGACUUGCGAACCGAUCUCAGGAUGAUGGUUCCCAUGGUGGACCCAAUUAUGCGUGAAAAGCAGCUACAGCAGGAGCUACUUCUGAUCCAGCAGCAGCAGCAAAUUCAGAAACAACUGCUGAUUGCAGAGUUUCAGAAACAGCAUGAAAACCUGACCCGCCAGCAUCAGGCCCAGCUGCAGGAGCACAUAAAGUUACAACAGGAACUCCUAGCCAUUAAACAACAGCAAGAACUUCUCGAAAAAGAGCAGAAACUGGAGCAGCAGAGACAAGAGCAGGAACUGGAGAGGCAUCGCAGGGAACAGCAGCUUCCUCCCCUCAGAGGCAAAGAAAGAGGUCGAGAAAGGGCAGUGGCCAGUACAGAAGUGAAGCAGAAACUUCAAGAGUUCCUGUUGAGUAAAUCGGCAACAAAAGACUCUCCAGCAAAUGGGAAGAAUCAUUCCAUGAGCCGCCACCCCAAGCUCUGGUACACGGCUGCCCACCAUACCUCACUGGAUCAAAGCUCUCCACCCCUGAGUGGGGCCUCGCCACCGUACAAAUACACUUUACCAGGAGCACAGGAUGCCAAGGAUGAUUUUCCACUCCGUAAAACGGCCUCAGAGCCCAAUUUGAAGGUACGUUCAAGGUUAAAACAAAAGGUGACGGAAAGGAGAAGCAGUCCUUUACUCAGGAGAAAGGACGGAAAUGUUGUCAGUUCAUUCAAGAAGCGACUCUUUGAGGUGACAGAAUCCUCAGUCAGCAGCAGCUCCCCUGGAUCAGGUCCCAGUUCCCCAAGCAAUGGUCCGACCAGCAGUAUAACAGAAAGCGAAACCUCAGUUUUGCCAUCUAGCAUUCAAGCUGAGCAUCUGGUUUCACAGCAACGCCUUUUGAUUCAGGAUGAAUCGGUGAACUUGUUGAGUCUGUACACAUCCCCUUCUCUGCCCAACAUUACCUUGGGACUUCCAGCAGUACAAACUCAAAUCACUGCUUCAUCAUCAUUCAAAGAAAAGCAGAAGGGAGAGACCCAGACACUCAGACAAGGAGUGGCCUUGGCUGGACAGUAUGGGGGGAGCAUUCCUCCAUCUUCAACUCAUCCUCAUGUUGCUUUGGAGGGAAAGCCAAAUAGCAGCCACCAGGCUCUCUUGCAACAUCUGUUACUGAAAGAACAAAUGAGACAGCAAAAACUUCUUGUGACUGGAGCGGUUCCUCUUCAUCCACAGUCUCCUUUAGCAGCGAAGGAAAGAGUCUCACCUGGCAUAAGAGCUGCCCACAAACUGCCUCGUCACAGGCCACUGAAUCGAACCCAGUCAGCUCCUCUUCCUCAGAGUACUUUGGCCCAGCUGGUCAUCCAGCAGCAACAUCAACAGUUUUUGGAGAAGCAGAAACAGUACCAGCAACAGAUCCACAUGAAUAAGAUGCUCUCUAAGUCCAUUGAGCAGCUAAAGCAGCCUGGCAGUCACCUGGAGGAAGCUGAAGAAGAGCUUCAUGGAGACCACUCGAUGCAGGAGGAGCAAGCUGCUGCUAGCGGUGCCAGCAUUAGGGCUGAGAGCAGCAGUGCUGGUGUGGAUGACAGAAUAGGACAGCAGGUUGGGGCUGUGAAGGUCAAAGAGGAGCCACCGGACAGUGAUGAGGAUAUUCAAACCCAGCAAAUGGAAUCUGGGGAGCAAGCUGCUUUUAUGCAACAGGAGUUCCUGGCGCAUCGGCGUGUCCACCAGUUGCAAAUCUACCAGGCUCAGAUGGCUACAGUUGGCAUGGCGGGAUUAGAUAAACAUCGGCCGGUGUCCAGGACCCCACCUUCCCCCACUGACUCCGCAUUACCUCACCCAGCCAUGGACCAGCCCAGCCAGCAUGUCUACACAACUGGUGUUGUAUAUGACAGUCUGAUGCUGAAGCACCAGUGUAUGUGUGGCAACUACGCUAAUCACCCUGAGCAUGCUGGAAGGAUCCAAAGCAUCUGGUCGAGGCUGCAAGAAACUGGGUUGCUAAACAAGUGUGAGCGAAUUCGAGGUCGAAAAGCCAGUCUGGAGGAAAUACAGCUGGUUCACUCUGAACAUCAUUCACUGCUGUAUGGCACCAGCCCCCUGAACAGACAGAAGCUGGACCCCAGGAAACUCCUAGGAAACGUGUCUCAAAAACUCUUUUCCUUGUUGCCUUGUGGGGGACUUGGGGUGGACAGUGACACCGUUUGGAAUGAGUUGCACUCGGCCGGGGCAGCACGCAUGGCGGUGGGCUGUGUCAUCGAGCUGGCGGCCCGCGUGGCCUCCCGGGAGCUGAAGAAUGGUUUUGCUGUUGUAAGGCCCCCAGGCCAUCAUGCUGAAGAAUCAACAGCCAUGGGAUUCUGCUUUUUUAAUUCGAUUGCAAUUACUGCCAAAUACUUGAGAGACAAGCUGAAUAUAGGGAAGAUACUGAUUGUAGAUCUGGAUGUUCACCAUGGCAACGGUACACAGCAGGCUUUUUAUGCUGACCCCAGCAUCCUGUAUGUUUCCCUCCAUCGCUAUGAUGAAGGCAACUUCUUCCCUGGCAGUGGAGCCCCAAAUGAGGUUGGAAGUGGCCCAGGUGAAGGUUAUAAUAUAAAUAUUGCUUGGACAGGUGGCUUGGAUCCUCCUAUGGGUGAUGUUGAAUAUCUCACAGCAUUCAGGACUGUGAUCAUGCCAGCUGCCAAUGAGUUUGAUCCAGAGAUUGUCUUGGUAUCAGCGGGAUUUGAUGCCGUGGAAGGCCACGACUCUCCACUGGGCGGGUAUAAAGUCACAGCAAAAUGUUUUGGUCACCUAACCAAGCAAUUGCUGAAGCUAGCGGAUGGCCGUGUUGUGCUGGCACUGGAGGGAGGACAUGACCUUACUGCCAUCUGUGAUGCAUCUGAAGCCUGCAUAAACGCCCUUUUAGGAAAUGAGCUGGAGCCUCUCCCAGAAGAUAUUGUGCACCAAAUUCCCAAUAAGAAUGCAAUAGCUUCUUUAAAAAAGACCACUGAAAUUCAAAGCAAGUACUGGAAGUCAGUGGAGCCAUAUUCUGUGCCAGUGGAUUGUGCUCUGGCUGAGUCUCAGAAACGAGAGAGGGAGGAGACAGAAACAGUAUCUGCUAUGGCCUCCCUUUCAGUGGAUGUUGAACAGUGCUUUCCUCAGGAAGGCAGCAGAGCUGCUGGCGAGCCCAUGGAAGAAGAGCCAGCCUUGUGAAGUGCCAAGUCCUCCCUGAUAUUUCCUGUGGGUGACAUCAUUGUGUAUCCCCCCAAAGCACCCUCAGACAUGUCUUGUCUGCUGCUUGGGUGGCACGGAUCAGAUGGAACAUAAACACUGGGCACAAAACUCUGAAUAGCAGCUUCACUUGUUCUUUGGAUGAACUUGAAAGGGCCCUAAAGAUUCCUUAAAUGUAACCGCUACAAUUCUAGAGUUACAGUAAAACAGGCUUGGGAGAAAGAGCCUAGAGCAUGCUUUUUAUAUGCUGUUUGACCCACUCACCAACAUGAAUUGUGAAAUAGAGUAUUACAAAAUUCUACAUGAUAGAUUAUAGAUACAAGAGUUGCAACAGCCAGCAAAAUACUUGGUAAACUCCAUGAAUCACUUUCUGACACUUUUUACUGGGUAAUUUUUUUCAUACUGUGUUAAACUGUUAAUAGAAUUUGUUUUCUUUGCUUUGUGUAAUGAAGAAAAAAAACCUUUUAUUUUACGUGCUGUUUUUAACCCCUUGUAAUGAGUUCUUGCAGAACGAGUAAAAGGUGUGUAAACUAAGAUGAGGGAUUUUAGCUAAAGGGAAAGUACUUCUUAUUGUACUAUAAAUCCCCCAAAGUACUGUGCUUGGUGGUGCUUUUUUUUUCUUUUCCCUUUUCCCGGACAUAUCUCCCCAUUUUAUGUAACCUUUUCUAUCAUAAAAUCACAUUCACGAUUCCCUAAAAUGAGCGACCUUCUGUCUUUAAAAAAGUGCUGUACCCGCCGUAGUUGACAGUAGCUCUCACCAGAUGUGCAGCAGAGAUCAAGUAGUCUCUGAAAAAUGGAUGGCUUUCCAAAUGUGUUUUUAGUUUGUUCCAAAAUGUUUCUGUGUCCUGACUCUGAGAGCAGCAAUCGGCAGCGGCUGCGUGCAGCUCAUUUGGAGCUCAGGUGUUUCCGUGGAGGUUGCGUGGGGAACGUUUUUACAGGUUGUCGUGUGAAUACAGACUGAUUCUUUUAUGUAGUCCUGCACCGAGAGAGCUGAUGUUGCUUGAGAAGUUUCCAAGGGUUUAGGCUUUAUUUUAGAUCCCCCAAAUGCAGCAAGCUUUCCCUGCAAUGUGACAUUAGCUGUUUGAUUCUGUGUUGGUGAACGUGACAUAGAACUGUGCCUUUAGCUGAUAAUGAACGCUUAAACUAUUACACGUGUUGCCUUACCAUCAGAGAAAGAGAUAGGGCAUGUAUGUAAGAUGACUUCAAAUGAACAAAAUUGUGCUACAGCAACUUUUAUUUUGUUUACAACUUUCUCACCUAAUGAACCCUGGGAGAUACCUUGAAGUAUUCUGCCUGCAGCCAGUAUUUGGUAGCUCGGUUGGCUUUUAAAAUCAAAUGAUGUUCAUUUUUAUACAUUUUCCAAACUGAAAGUAUGUAUUAAAGCCAUAAGUGAAGACUGUCAUGCUUUUUAUUCUGAAAUCUGAAAGAAACCUUAAUUAAAACAAGAUUUUGGUGAAGGCCAUGAUAUGAAAGAUAGGGAACAAUAUGGUUUCAGUUAUAGGCAGACUCAAACCUGUAAAUCAAAGAUGAAAGAUUUCACUCAAAUAGAAUUAUAUAAUUCUCUUUUGUUAUGC